AUGGCGGAUGACAAAAGUCUCGCUCACAUUGGCAAUGAAAGCCAUGACAAGGCCACCGUGUCUGAUGGGCCUGAACACCUAGAAGAUGGCAUCGCCAACACCGAGAUCAGUUAUGACAACAACGGUCUCGCUGGUAUUAUUCGAUCGCCCUAUGUGUUUGGUGCCGCCCUCCUAGCCUCCUUUGGUGGCUUCUCCUUCGGUUACGAUCAGGGUGUCAUCUCCAUCAUCCUUACAAUGCCCCAGUUUCAGGAUACCUUUCCUGAGAUCUCGCCGGGCCAUGCUCGCUAUGGUUUCAACACCGGUUUUAUGACUGGAAUGCUUGAAUUCGGCGCCUUUGCCGGCUGCCUGUUCUUCCCUCUUCUUGCCGACCGAUAUUCCCGCAAGUAUGGCCUUGCUGUAGCUACAGCGUUCUUCUGCGUUGGUGCUAUUAUCCAGACUGCUGCACACAACUAUGGCACUCUUGUAGCUGGACGCACUAUUGGUGGCGUCGGUGUUGGUACCCUUGCCAUGGGCGCUCCCUUGUAUAUCUCUGAGAUCGCACCUCCCAACCUGCGAGGUUCUCUACUUGUCCUCGAGGCCAUCUCUAUCGUCAUAGGCGCCAUUAUCGCCUACUGGAUCACUUAUGGCUGCCGUGACAUCUCUAAUGACUGGGCUUUCAGACUCCCUUUCCUUUUGCAGAUGGUCCCCGCUUUGAUGGUUGGCAUCGGCAUUCAGUUUUUCCCAUUCUCACCCAGAUGGCUUGCUAUGCGUCAUCGUAAUGAAGAUGCCCUGCAUUCGCUCCAGAAGCUUCGCCGUUUGCCUGGAACUGACGCUCGUAUCCAAGCAGAAUGGAAGGGCAUUGUCCGCGAAGCUGAGGUUCAUGAGAUGCUGCUGAACCGGGAUCACGGCGCCAAUAAGAACCCUGUCGUCCUCGAGUUCCAGCAGUGGGGUGACCUUUUCAAGCCCAAGUACAUCCGACGCACCACUGUGGCACUCGCCAUCCCUUUCUUCCAACAGUUCUCGGGUAUCAACGCUUUCGUCUACUACGCACCCAUUUUCUUUGCUGCACUCGGCCAGGACUACGAGAUGUCCCUUAUUCUUAGCGGUAUGGUCAAUAUCUGCCAGUUCGUUGCCGGUAUUCCCACUUUUCUCUUCCUUGAUAAGAUUGGACGUCGCAAACUUUCCAUUUUCGGAGGCAUUGCUAUGGGUAUCCCUCACAUAAUCAUGGCUGGUAUUGUGAGCAAGUACAACGGCAAGUGGGUUGAGAACCCUGGCAUGGGCUGGUUUGGCGUGGCUCUCAUCUAUAUUUACGUUCUUGCAUAUGCCUCAUCUUACGGUCCCCUGGCGUGGACUCUCCCCGCAGAGGUCUUCCCCAGCUCUAAACGAGCAAAAGGUGUAGGUGCUGCCACAGCUAUGGUUUGGUUGGCUAAUUUUAUUAUUGGUGUUAUUGUUCCUGAGAUGCAGCUUAAGCUUGGAUGGGGUACUUACCUUUUCUUUGGUUGCUUCUGUUUUGCUGCCUCUAUUUUCUCGUUCUUCUUCGUACCUGAGACUGCGGGCAAGAGUCUGGAGCAGAUAGCUGGCGCUUUCGGCGACAGUCUUGAGGAUGAAGAGAACGAGCUCGGAUCGCGGGCCCACUAG